AGCCAUAGCCAAAAGUCUCGCUAGCCACACGGCGGCGCUUUCCUUCCGUUCAUCUUCCUCACGGAACCAUACCAUUCGACUCAAAACAACAGCGUUCAUCAAACAUCCUCGACAUACCAACUGCAAGCGAAUGGCUUCUACAAAUAGCCCAAGCGAUCGCCCUGCUCCGGCCGCCGACAAGACCACGUCUCCGUACGGGUCGUGGAAGUCCCCGAUCACCGCCGACGUCGUCUCCGGUUCCACCAAGAAGCUCGGAGGCUUCGGCGUCGACUCACUCCGCCACCUCAUCUGGCUCGAGUCUCGACCCACUGAGUCCGGACGCGGAGUUCUAGUGAAGGGGCUGGAGAGGCCAGGAGACUUGCCGGCGGACAUAACGCCGAAGGAUUACGCGGUGAGGACGGUAGCUCAGGAAUAUGGUGGCGGCGACUUUAGCGUAUUUGGGGACACUGUGAUUUUCUCCAAUUACAAGGAUCAGAGGCUUUACAAACAGUCCAUUUCUUCUAGAGAUUCUGCACCAACGCCAAUCACCCCAGAUUAUGGCGGGCCACAGGUGUGCUAUGCUGAUGGAGUCUUUUACUCCCGCUUUAAUCGUUUUGUGACAGUAAGAGAAGAUUCACGUGAAAGCAGCACAAAUUCACUUACAACAAUUGUAUCAAUUGAUCUAAGUAAUGACACUAUUCAAGAGCCAAAAGAAUUAGUUGGUGGGAAUGACUUUUAUGCUUUUCCUCGUAUGGACCCCGGUGGAGGACGUAUGGCAUGGAUUGAAUGGAGUCAUCCUAACAUUCCAUGGGAUAAAUCAGAGCUUUGGGUCGGCUAUAUAUCUGAUAAUGGAGAUGUUUGUAAACGAAUUUGUGUAGCUGGAGGUGAUAUCAAUAUCAUUGAGUCCCCAACUGAACCCAAGUGGUCUCCCCAAGGAGAGCUGUACUUUGUGACUGACAGGAAAAAUGGGUUUUGGAAUCUCUACAAAUGGGCAGAAUCUACUAAUGAAGUGAUACCGAUGUACACAAAAGAUGCAGAAUUUACCAGACCUUUAUGGAACUUUGGUGUCCAAUCCUAUGAAAUUCUUCAGAACCAUGACCAGGAAACCGUUAUAGCAUGCAGUUACAGACAGAAGGGCAGGUCACAUCUUGGAAUUCUUGAUGUUAUCCAGGGAAGAUUGACACUUCUUGGGAUUCCUUUCACAGAUAUUAAUAAUGUUGUCUCUGGGGUUAAUUGCCUAUACGUUGAGGGAGUCUCUUCCGUUCAUCCAUUAUCAAUAGCUAAGGUGACUUUAGAUCAUCAAAUGACAAAAGUAAUCGAGUUUGAGAUCAUGUGGUCUUCUUCGUCUAUGAGCUUGAUGUACGAAUCAUACAUCAGCAUGCCAGAACUAUUAGAGUUUCCAACUGCUGUCCCUGGACAAAAUGCAUAUGCAUACUUUUAUCCACCAACCAAUCCAGAUUAUCAAGCUGGUCAGGAUGAAAAACCCCCAUUAUUGCUGAAAAGCCAUGGAGGUCCUACCGAUGAGUCAAGGGGAAGCUUGAAUCUCAGUAUCCAAUAUUGGACCAGUCGUGGCUGGGCAUUUGUGGAUGUUAACUAUGGUGGAAGCACAGGCUAUGGCAGAGAGUUCCGGGAGAGGCUUUUGGGGAACUGGGGAGUUGUUGACGUUAACGAUUGUUGCAGCUGCGCAAAGUUUUUGGUUGAGAGUGGAAGGGUUGAUGGAGAACGGUUAUGUAUCACGGGAAGCUCAGCUGGAGGGUAUACGACAUUAGCAGCACUUGCAUUCAGAGAUGUGUUCAAAGCCGGUUGUUCCCUAUAUGGCAUCGGUGACCUGAAACUGCUGAUAGCCGAUAUGCCUAAAUUUGAAUCUCACUACAUUGACAACCUUGUUGGUGAUGAAACUGCAUACUUUGAGAGAUCUCCCAUCAAUUUUGUGGACAAGUUCUCUUGCCCCAUUAUUUUGUUCCAAGGAUUGGAGGACCGGGUGGUGCCGCCGGAGCAAGCACGGAAAAUAUACGAGGUGGUGAAGGGGAAAGGGCUACCGGUUGCUGUGGUGGAGUAUGAAGGAGAGCAACACGGCUUUCGCAAGGCUGAGAAUAUAAAGUUCACACUCGAGCAGCAGAUGCUCUUCUUUGCACGUCUGGUCGGACGUUUUGAAGUGGCUGAUCCAAUCACUCCCAUCUUCAUCCAUAAUUUGGACUGAUCUCAUCUAUCUCACAGCAAAGAUCUUCUACACUGCAUACAUUUUUCUCUUUUAUAGUACUCCACUGUAUAUGAAUCUUAUUGUCUUUAGUACUCAAUUUCUUUUUUUUUUUGGUUUGACUUGACAUGGUUCGAAUAAAAGGAGAUGUGUGUGAUUCUGGUUUGUGUAGAAGAAAGAGAAAUGAUUACAAUCACAUGAAAUAAAUAAACUUGAAAUCAAUUU